AUGAUGAAUGCUCUGGAAGACUGGAAGUGCAGUUUGGAGAAACCUGGAAAACGGUGUGUGCUCUGCACUGGGAUAUGGUUGAUGCCAGCGUGGUGUGCCGUCAGCUUCAAUGCGGAGUCGCUGUUGCUGUGCGGGGAGGAGCUUAUUUCGGAGAAGGAGAAGGACAUGUAUGGGAAUUCUGUAGCACGACUCGUUGAUGGGGACAACAGAUGCUCUGGCCGGGUGGAAAUUCAGCACGGGGACCAGUGGGGAACACUUUGUGAUGAAUACUUCAGCUUGGAAGAUGCUGCCGUGGUCUGUGAACAGCUACAGUGUGGUGCAGUAAAGGCAACUCCCAGAGAUGCAUACUUUGGCACAGGAAACGGGCCGGUGUGGAAGGAUAACUACAUUUGUUUGGGCAAUGAGUCCCGAUUAGCUGAUUGCCAAGUCUCAGCGUGGAGUCGGAUCAGUUGUUCGCAUGGAAAUGACGCCAGCCUGAUCUGCACCGAUGAAAUGUGGUCUGUGCGGCUGACCGAAGGGGGAAGCCGCUGCGACGGCCAGGUGGAGGUUUAUGAUAAUGGCAGAUGGAGCAGAAUACAGGAUAACUUUUGGACUAUCAAUGAAGCCAAUGUUGUCUGUAAGCAACUGCGUUGCGGUGUGGCCACAUCCUCCUACAUCGCCUCGGGGUACAGAGGGAAAGAAGGUCCCGUGUGGGUGACCGACCUUCAGUGUGAAGGAAGCGAAUCUCAUCUCCAAAAUUGCAGUGCUUCCAUAUUCAAUCGGUCUUCCUCUGACUUCACCGGCGUUGGCGUCCUGUGUUCAGAGCACAAAAAGUUGCGCCUGCAGGACGGAGGUAGUCGAUGCAAAGGAAGAAUUGAAGUGUGGUACAACGGGACCUGGGGAACAGUCUGCUCCACGAACCUUGAUGGCAAGUCUGCAGAAGUCAUUUGCAAACAAAUGAAAUGUGGACCAAUGAAUUCUAUUUAUCCUGGCUCAUAUAAAUUUGGAAAGGGACGUGGACCGAUAUGGUUGGAUGAGGUUGAAUGUACUUCACACGAAUCGACCCUUUGGCAGUGUCAGUCGCAACCGUGGGGAAAACACCAGUGUGACCAUUCUGAGGACGCAGGAGUUGCUUGCGAAGAAACCAAUAUGACGGAAGGAAUCACUGAAAGAGCCUGCUUGCAAGAAAACGCAUUGUCCUCUUUCCCUUUAAAAGAUGUUCCAUUGCGUCUUGUUAGCGGCAAUCACAACUGCUCCGGAAGGCUUGAGGUCCGGUUUAAUGACAGCUGGGGCACGGUGUGUGACGACUCUUGGGAUCUGGCUGAUGCCAAUGUAGUCUGCAGACAGCUAAGGUGUGGCCUUGCUCUCUGGGCUCCAGAGGAUGUUAAAAUGCCCCAGGCAGCCGGUCCUGUCUGGCUUGAUGAAGUAAAAUGCACGGGAAGUGAAUCUUUUCUGUCCAGCUGUCGUUCCUCAUCAUUUGGUCAACACGACUGUGAUCACAAAGAAGAUGUCAUCGUUCUUUGUUCUGGUUCCGGAGUGACUCCUACUGAACGCAACAAUUCAGAUUUUGGAAACUGGACCCCAUCCAUCACGGUUACUGUCUGCAUAACCCUUGGAAUUGUAUUCAUCAUUGAGUUAUUAAUACUGGUGACGAUAGCAAGGAGACGGUCAGCAAUCAGUGGUGCACUAAUGAGCGGCUAUGGAUCACCUGUUGACUUUUACCAAGCAAUUUAUGAGGAGAUUGAGAAUAUUCCACCAUUCAAGAAAUUUACUGAGAUGCAAGGUUCAGUUACUGGAUCCAUUAAUUCCAUUAAUGAAGCCGAAUAUUACACCAACGACUAUCUAUAUAGUGCAUGUCAUGAUCCACAAGACCCUGAAGGAUUGUUUUCCAAUAUCCAUGAGGCCCGGUCGUAGAUUCGCUUGCAUCCGGCUUUCCAUGUUUUCUCUUCGACUGACAGCAAUGAUGAAAUGACCGACAGCACAUCAGGAUUUCCAAAUCACUUGCAGCUCGAAUCGUCGACGGUUCAUUCCCAUACUUCACAUCAGCCCGUUGAAGACCAAAAAAAAACUAAAUGUGCCCUCUUUUGCUUGCACUUUCUAUAUGUUAUUGUCUGUAAAGUACGCGGUUGUAGAAUUGUUCAAUAUAUACACAAUAAAGGGUGCGGUGCUCAAAUAUUAGCGACAGACUAUGGAACUAAUAUAAUAAAUGCGGGAAGAAUUGCAUAUGAUUGUUUUGAAUUAAAUUGUACAUUUAUAUUGAGGUAGCAUAAUUUGGCGAUGCUUGCAAUCCAUUUUAAAGUGAAUACCACUUUCAGUGCGAUUACUUUGCUACUUAGAAUCUAGACACCUUAAUAUAUUCACGAAAACAAUAUUCCUAUCGGUGUUGGCAUUUAAUUGCAAUCCCUUUUAUACAGCAAGAAAUAACUUCGAUUUAUUUGUCAGGCCAAAUUUAUAAACAAGUGCACAACUUCUUCUACUACUGACAGUAUUGAUUUUACAUCAAAUAAGAUGUAUUACACCUGACAGCAUGUC